AGGGCAAUCGAAAGGGUACGUCGGGAAAUUGGAGCCGUAAAUGUUCCGCUUUGGGAAUAGGAGAAUCAAACGCUUGACUGUAAUUCAAAUGAAGUGGAAUAUCAGAAGUGAUAGAGCAUAGAAUUGCCUGUUUUUAAGUACGGUAUAGACAUGUUGAAUCCCCAGCAUCAACUAAAGUUGCCUCAACUCUGAUCUGGCCAGUGACUAGACCAGUCUUUUUUUUAUGUUGAAGCAAGUUUGAGUGGAAGUGUUUUCCAUUGGACAUUGCAUGAGUCACAUUUUUUGGGUGGUAGCAGGGCAUUGCUGACUUGCACUAGUGUACAAUGGAAUCGGAUAAAGACAAUAACCAGCAAAACAAUGGCCAGCAAGACCCAUCAGCCGCAGAGGCUCCGGUGAGUGAAAUGGACAGUACUCCGGUAGAAGGUGCUCCAGCAGAAGGUGUUCCAGAAGGAGAGGCUCCUCCAGCAAAAGAGGCUCCAGCAGAUGAGAAAGUAGAGAUUGAGGAUGAGGUAAAGCCAACAAAAGGGGAGGCAGAACAGCCAGGGAUUGAGGAAGCAACAGAAAAGGAACCUAUGCUUCUCCCGAACUCUGAGUCUGAAGGUCAUCAAGGGGACGGUGAUCAGGCUGCAGAAGUGCAGAAAAAAGUAAUACCGGAGCAAAAGCAAAAUGGAGCCCAUCCUACAGCUGAUCAAGUACCAGUUGAAGUGACAAUCGAAAAAUGCACCAAACCGCCCUCUUCCUCCUAUAGCACUGUCCGCAAGAUUCUUAUAGGUCUGUCCAUUGGCCUUGGUGUUGCAAUUUCGUGGGUGGCGGCUACUCAGUUCAUGAAGGCAAUGUACGAUGAGAACUUUGAUGCUCCGUUCUUUAUCAUCUGGUUCUCAACAAUUUGGAUGUUGGUGUGCUAUCCAAUCUACAUCAUUGGCUCCUUGGUGAUCUUUAAGGAUCAGAGGAGUGCCGGCUGGGCUGGUAUCAAAGAGUUAUAUAAGGCUGAUCAGCAGAUAUAUGGAGAGAGAGGCAUGACUCUCUGGAACUGCCUAAAACUGACAGGUCCAUUCUGUGCCCUGUGGAUAAUCACAAACUACAUGUACGCUGCGGCUCUCAAGUUCAAGUCGCCGACGGAUGUCACAGCACUCUUUGUCACCAAUACUGCAUUUAUCUAUGUAUUCUCUUGGAUUUGGUUGGAGGAACUGCUCAUCCUUCUUCCUGCCAGGUUAUGCUCAGUGCUUCUGUCCAUAGUGGGUACUGUCUUGAUGAUGGCAGCUGACGGCUUUGGAGGCGGGAGUGUCAUAGGAGUACUCUUGGCUUUGGGUGCUGCAAUAGGAGCUGCCCUUUACAAGGUUCUGUUCAAGCGCUUCUUGGGUGAUGCCACCUACGGUCAGGUGUCUCUAUUUCUCACCAUGCUGGCCCUGCUCAACCUCGUCCUCCUCUGGCCCAUCAUGCUCGGCCUCUACUUUGGCAAGCGGGAGAUUAUGGACUGGAACAACCUGCCUUGGGCGUUCCUCUGCGGGACGUCAGCUCUUGGCAUUGUAUUCAACUUCCUGGUUAAUUUUGGAAUAGCUCUCACCUACCCCCUCCUCAUCUCCCUGGCUAAUAUUGUAGGGAUCCCAAUCAAUGCAGUGAUUGAUACAGCAUUCCUAGAUAUGGAGUUGCCUCCUCUUAAGAUCGUUGGCGCCCUCCUCAUCAUCGGCGGUUUCAUCAUCAUGCUCCUCCCCGAGACGUGGCAGAUGAAGGUGGCUUGCUGGAAGGAAGGCGACGCCCCCUGCAGGCGGAGAGGGGAAAUGCAGCGUGUACCGAGCGAGGAACUUGAAGAAAGAACCGUGAGGUUGUAGCUGUUUGAUGGAUUGCGGUGUAGGGAAGUAGUCCUCUAAACAAAACACAGAAGGUCUAAUUUAACAAAGUUUACCUUCUAACUUCACAAGCAUUUCAACUGUUUGGUACAUAGUUUGCCUUGGACUCACCUUGGAUAUCAGUUGUAGUUUGGAGAUAAUCUAUGUAAAGGGGCUGUCAUGUGCUUAAAAGCAAGGGAAUGUAUAAAAUGCACACCAAUGGAAUACCAUACAUUCAAAUGUUAUUAGCUUUCAUUAUGAUUUUCAUGUGUUAAAAUCAUCAAAAUAGGAUGUCACUGACACAAAAAUAUGAGUUUUCACAGGUUUGUUUGUAGGAUAUGAUCGACUUUUGCAGGAAAAUAAAGAUUUUUUGCUCUCUCUCUUUAUGCAUUGGCAGGUAUACAACUCUGCUGUGCAAAUGCUUGGCAACUUGCAAUAUUAGUAGGAUAAAUCCUUUGCUGUGCACUCCAGAUUUAGUAUUUAUGUCAUGAUGUUGAUAGGGAUAUUACGAGACAAAGAAAUAGUGGAGUGUGUGUAUUCUGUUCCUUAAGAUGGAUUUCUUCAGUAUUUUACUUGAAGUCUGUGUGUCCAUUUUUCUGUCUCAGGUGUGAAGUGGCUAUUGGUGCUGGUCAUUUGAAUGUUCAUGGGUGUAUGUUUGAUAGGACUCUUCAUUGGUUUGUGUGCGUGUGUAUGUUCCAGUGUGCACUGUGAUGAGUGUGGAUGAAGAGAAGACGUUAAAUUAAAGAACCUGAUGAAUUUAAGGAUAAUGAGUCGUAA